AUGGUCGUCGAAUCAGUAUUUAAUCGUUUGCUUGCCGAGCUUGAUGACAAAUUUGCUGGUUUGGAUCACUGCAUCAGUAAAUUGCACGAGAUCAUAAAACGAUUCAUUAAAAGCAAAGAGGGUGGCUCGGCAGUUGUUAUCGGACCUAAAUCAUCUGGAAAACGUUCAAUUAUAUCUAAGGUUGUAAUGGAUUAUGCUGAUGAUAUGGAAGUUGUUUUCAUCGAUGGAUUAAUUCUAACAAGUGAUAUAGAUGCAUUGAAAGUACUGGACGCAUCUGAAUCCAAUUCGGAACAAUUGCGGCUUGUUAUCGUAUUUAACUUUGAUCAGUUUGUAACACGAGGCCGACAAACUCUUCUUUAUACGAUUCUGAAUGCAUCACGUUCUGAAUCUCUCUUUGUACUCUGUGUUAGCUCUCGUCAGGACUGUACCGAACUGCUUGAGAAACGUGUACGUUCACGUCUUUCCAAUACAUUUAUAUCGUUUGCUCAGUCAUCUAUAUCAUUUGAUGAUUUUUCAAAGACAUUUAUAACAUUUUUGCAUACUAAUAUGAAAAAAUACGAGCACAAUAAUGGUCUUAUCCAGGAAUUCAUUGCCAAUGAGUGUGUAGAGCGUAAAUUACGUGAAAUAUAUGAUGAAACACGAAGUUAUUGCAUUCUGAAACAAAUCACAGCUACAUUUCUAUGUUUCAUGGGUGCAGAGCACAUUGAAAGUCUGGCAAGUCCUCAUGCUUCGCGAAUAUUUAUUGAAGCAAAAAAUGCAGUUAUUGCUAACGAAGAUACGAUGAAAUCGAUCAUUUUAAGUUUGACAUUGCGGCAACUCUGUCUCUUAUUAUGUUGUGUUCGUUUGGCACGUUAUCAGCGACGGCAGGAUUUCAUAUUUCGUGAAAUUAUCCUAGAUUACCGCAAAUUAGUUAACAAAUAUUUGCCAACACUAAAUGUAAAGGACGACUUGAUAUUGUUAAAAGAGCUGGAUACAUUGUGUAGUCUAACAGUUCUGGAAGAAAGAGAGCAAUGCGGGCAGCUAUUGUUUAGACGAACAUCUCUGCAAGUAGAUAUCGAUUUGGUGUUGAGUUGUGUGAAGGAAUUUACACCUCUUCCAACCGCUUUAAUGCACUGGAUAGAUGAUCUUGAAAGAUGA